CACUAGACGCGGGGGGUUCGGCUUCGCCGUUAUAUGUUUCUGCCCAACCUUAGGUGCCGUGUAGUUUUCUUGACUUAUCUUAGUAUGUCUCGGACUAACAAAAGUCAUAGGCCACCGGGUUUGAGAGGAAAAGAGAUAGGUCUUUGGCAUGCUGCUCAAUCGAAAAACCGAUGCAAAGGUGAUUUGGACUACCAGACUAAGUUUGCUCCUAUGCCUCUUGUCGGCCUGAAUCUUCCGAAAAUUCAGUCAGUUAUACAAGAAUUUGUAGAGCCAGUUCCUGAACUCCCCAAAACUAGUAAUGAACAUAUUUCAUCCAUGUGUAAACUCCCAACUCUCAGUACUUCGCAACAAACUCCUGAAGAGGACGAAGCAGAAGAAUUAUUUGGAGAGAUUCGAGAUUGUUUUGAUGUCUCAGUGGGUCCAUGCUCUGAUCCUGAUCAAAUGUUAUUAACAAAAGAAAGCUUGGCUCGAAAUCCAGACAUCGAUCAUGAGCUCUGUCUUUCAAUGCGGAACUGCAUGAGAUCUGCUGCCUACAUGAAAAUGUCAGAAUCCAGGUGUGAACUCCCAGCAUACCAAUUCAAAGAAGAUAUUGUCUCAACUAUUCGAAAUAACCAAGUUGUUAUAAUAAGCGGUGAAACAGGUUGUGGGAAGACUACACAGGUUCCACAGUUUAUUUUGGAAGAUCAGGUCUUAGGUGGAAAUGGGUCUGUUACGCGUAUCAUUGUAACACAACCUCGGCGUAUAAGUGCUGUUUCGGUUGCUGAACGUGUAGCAACUGAAAGAGGACAAUCUAUAGGAUCUUCCGUUGGCUAUCAGGUCCGAUUAGAACGCCUAUAUCCUCAACGUCCUCAUGGAUCUAUCAUGUUUUGUACGACAGGAAUUAUUCUUCAAUGGUUUCGUUCUGAUCCAUUUCUAAAGAAUAUCAGUCAUAUCAUUGUUGAUGAAGUACAUGAACGAGAAUUUUUAUGUGAUUUUCUAUUGUGUAUGCUAAAACGAAUUGCUCCUCUUCGUCCAGAUCUUCGAAUAGUUCUCAUGUCGGCAACAAUCAACGCAGAAAAAUUCGUUGAAUAUUUUGACAAUUGUCCUAAAUUUGAAAUUCCCGGUAGAACCUUCCCAGUGAAGACAUAUUAUUUAGAAGAUGUUUUGAGAGAAACUAAAUUUUGGUUGCCAAAUAAUGCUAUAACCGCUUUAUGCCGUGAUCAAUCACGUACAUUAAAACAGCGUCUUUUAAAAUCUAAUCUUUCAAAAAAAGAAGCUCGUAUAUUAUCGUAUGGAAAAAGCCCUGAAUUCAAUAAGUGGUUGCAUUCAUUAACAGGAUUAUCGUCCAAUGCAAUAGAAAUUUUACGUAGUGUUGGAGAAGAUACCUAUCCUCAAACCGAUCUUAUUGCACAUUCAGUUGAGCAUAUUUUACAGAAUACACAAUCGGGUGCAAUACUUGUUUUUGUUCCAGGUCUUGUCGAAAUAAAAGAUGUAAUCAGAUGUUUACGUGAAUUAAAUCCAAGACGAUAUGAUGAUCGUUAUGGAAGUGUUAGGAUUUAUCCAUUACACUCAAGAAUCCCCACGUCUAGAGAUCGCUCACUGUUCGAACCCUCACCAAAAGAUCAAAGAAAAGUGAUUAUAGCAACUAAUAUCGCUGAAACGAGCAUAACCAUUCAAGACGUAGUUUAUGUGAUUGAUUGUGGUCGUAUCAAAGUGACAGAUUAUGAUCCAAGACAAAACACAUCAACUUUAACUGCGAUCCUGGUUAGCAAAGCCAAUGCAGCUCAGCGUUCUGGAAGAGCUGGCCGCGUACAACCUGGCAUCUGUUAUCAUUUAUUCCCAAGUUAUGUGUACAAUAAUGUUAUGUCAGAUUUCCUACAACCGGAAAUGUUACGUAUCCGUUUAGAAGAUGUGAUUUUAAGAAUAAAAUUGCUAGGCCUUGAUCGUGUAAAGUCUUUUUUAAUCAAUUGUCUUGAUUCUCCUUCUGAAGAUGCUAUCUCAAAAACUUUAAUAUUUCUUAGACAAAUUCAAGCUCUGAAAUUAAUCAAAUCGGAAACAUCGAAUUUUAAUACAUCUCAUUCAAUAAAAUAUCAUGAAAAAAGUCAUAAAGUCAAUCGAAAGUCUCUUCGAGAAUUUUCAGAAGCUGUUAAAAAGGAUGUAAAUGCUGUUGGUGUAGAUUCUUUGGAUUCUAGUUGUAUCCAUUUAGAUUCAACAGAUGAAGAUGAUGAUGAGUUAACUCCUCUUGGUGUACACUUAGCCAAUUUUCCACUGGAUCCACAAUGUGCUAAACUCUUAAUUUUCGGUGCAUUAUUUGGUUGUUUAGAACCAAUUUUAGCUGUCGCUUCGUGCUUAACAUUUCGUGAUCCAUUUGAAGUACCUUUAGAAAAACAACAAGAGGCUGACCGAUGCCGAAUAGAAUUGUCUCAGAAUUCUUUAAGCGACCAUUGGGUAUUUGCUACAGUUAUUCAAAGUUAUCAAGGACUUAAUUCACAAAUGGAACGUAAUCAAUUUUGUCGAAGAUAUUUUCUUAAUGAACGUACUAUAAAGGAUAUUAUUCGACUUAUGAAUGACUAUGCACAAUUGUUAUAUGAACGAAGGUAUAUUGCUACUCCGAAACCUAAUGAUUCGAAUGCAAACUGUAAUCAAUGGAAUAUCAAUCUUUUCCGAGCAAUAAUGUGUGCAGCAUUAUAUCCAAAUAUUGUAAAAGUGGAUCCAAGAUUUACUAAAGAAGGCAAACCUAAAGUACCAGUUAUUAUGGCUUGUCCAUCUGAGGGUAGAGCAAAUAUUCAUCCAUCGUCAGUAAAUAGUAAAAUUCAACCAACUGAGCCUAUAUGGAUGGUCUAUUUUACAAAAACUAAGCUUAAAUCAGGAUCUUGUCCAUCCAUAUUCGACUCAACUGUCAUAUCACUGAGACCUUUGUUAUUUUUCAGCGGUAAUAUAGAAAUAUCAAAGAAUGAUACAAGUCUUUUCACCAUUGAUCAAUGGAUUAAAUUCAGCGGGGAGUUAAAAGUAGUCAAUUUAUUGAAAGUUAGUUGCAAAGUGAUUAAAUCUAUCCUUUCCUAUUGACUGAUUUUUUAAUUAAUGUGUAUUUACAUACAUUAAUUUUACAUAUAAACCCUCGAGUUCAUAUAAAGUAAGGUUCACUGUUACGUAAAGUUACACUUUACUGUGUCAACAGUGAUCCAAUCACUCUUGAGCGCAACACAAUAUAUCAUUUCAUAAUUUUCGGUGACUGAUUAAUUUGAUAAACCAUACAUUCUAGGAACCUAUUAUUUCUCAGGUCUUUUGAAUAAAUACUAAUGCCACUUCUAUGCUUAGUGUUUGAAUAAUAUCCUUGGAUAUUUUUCAAAACUAGCAUUGUGGCUAAAACAGAAUACAAAAACAACUAUGGUUGCAAUAAUAAUUCAUGUACUCUGUCAUACACCCACAAUGCACUAUCAGCAAGUAAAAGUGUAAACUUUCCAAUUUCAUCUGGAAAUCAGGCUAUUUUAUCUUCAUAGAAAUGAAUUCAUACUAGGAAAUGAUAAAAGCACUGUAGCAUAAUUUCUGACUACGGUUCAACUCGUCAUUUUGUAGGGAGUAAGUUUUUGUAAUACAUGUGGUGUUACCGUACGGGAGACAGCUCAGUGAUGACGUCCCAAACUGUGAAGCUGAGUGACGCGGGUUCAAAUCCUUCGAAGCACAUCAUUUCUCCACCAAUUACUGGUGUACGUUGCUGAUAAAUACUAAUCAACAAGAAACCUACAUCCAGAGUUGCUUGCUGGCGAUCCUCAACCAUACAAAAGGAUUUUCUAGUAUAACAUUUUUAAUUAAUGACUACCUAAUGAAGAAAUGGUUUAAAAUGAAUGAGAUGAAAUAUCUUUUUUAAAUGCAGUAGAAGAAUGUAGAUCACACAUUUUUUUAGUGAAAUAUCAUUGUUAUUGUAUUCUAGUAUACUUAUAUAUGAAAAAGUUUAUCGAUAAUUGUACUAUAUAGCAUAGUGAAAAGAAAAAUUAUCAGUAUGUAUUAAGAGUCCUGUCUGGAAAAUAUUGAACUUUGUUUCUGAAAUACGCUUUCCGUUUAUUUAUCCUGAAAAGAAGUCUGAAGAGUUAACUAAAUAUCCAAUAUGUUUUGAUAUCUGUAAAGUAGUAUCUAUUCUUUGAUCAAAAUAAUAGUGCUCACUAGCGAUUAGUUUCAAGACGUUUUAAUGAAAAGUUGUUUCUGGGCGAUUUAAAUCUCGUUGGGAGUGAGAUAGAUAUCGCCAAUAGUACUACCAGUAAACAUAAGCGUUUGACUGAAAACGUAAGAAAAUAAAUUUAAGUUGCCCUACAUAACUUUGUCAAAGUCCAUGGAUCAAACACUAGACUACACUGGUUGAAAUCAGUUUAGGAGCAUGUGUUUUCUCAUGAUGUAAAUAUAUUUUGAGCUUUAAAAAUCUCGAUUCACUGAUGUGAUUAUUCCUUUUUUAUUGAAUUUCUACCCUCUUAGUUUUCUAGUUUUAAAACCACAUUAAAAGUCGAUUUUUAUCGGUGCUUCAUAUACUGCGUGCAUUGGCACAAAGUUAGGUCUACCUACCUACCUUAGCUACUGAUCAUAGUUGUGAUUCCUAUCCUUUCUGGAUGUUCUAUUAUAAUAAUAUGUAUGACAUUUUUACAACUGUAGAUCGAAACAAAAUAUCUCUAGAGUUAGAAGUCGCUGAAGUAAUUGGUUUUCAUGAUCCAGUCAUAUUUUUAUUAACAGAAUAUUACCUACUGUUAUUUUUACCAUAUCGACGACCAAAACUCUAUUGAGAUUCGUUUUCACAUAUAUCAACCAAUGCUGCACCAAAUUAAUGUCAACAUUCCUAAUCAGUCAACUUCGUGUUGGUUGAAGUCUAUCGGUCGGAUUCCUGAAUGGUUCAGCAACUAGUACAUGUUUUUUGGUGUUGCGUUGUUUGGAAUCAAAUUGUAUUAUUUUAUAUACAGUUUUGUUCUUUUUGCAAAAAAGGAAACAUGUUCUGUUUUCUUAGCAAACAUUGAACAACAUAAACGCACUAAAGAGAAUGAAGACUUUCCAGCAAAGGAGAGUUUCUUUAUGGCAAUAUCAUUCUCUUAGACUGUGUAAUUGUAUUUACAGGUAAUUGGUUACAUUUAGUAGCCUGUAGUAAAACAGAAGAGUUAUGAAAUUAUCCAUAGUCAAAUUUACUCAACUAUCGAAUGUAAAAGUCUACAAAACCAAUGUGGUUUUACAUCACUUAAUAAAAUCAUCAAAGAUUAUUGUUAGGAUAGUCGGAAAAAUAUACCAAUAAUUAUCGUGUUAAGUCUAUGGUGUCCUUGGACCUUAAAUGUACAUUUCUUAUUGGUCGAUGUUUAUUUCACUUGUUAAAUAUUUUGUAAAUGUUGUUUCCUAUUUUAUGGUACGAUGUGGUGUGCUUGAUUGGUAUAUAAACAAAGUAUGUCUGAAAUACAACGAUUCAUAGCUCAGAGGCUGUGACUUGUGUUUCUUGACUCAACUGGCUAGGACAGACUGCGAAGCGGGACCAAUCAGGGCACUAGGUCGUCCAUACGUGUUUACGUAUCCACUGUCACAGAGGCGAUCGAUAAAUACGCUGCUUAUCAAACCCUGCAGUCUGCCACACACGCGUUACAACAAUUAUCAAGCAUCGAAUGCGAUAAUCUAUGAGUUGGUGUUAUUUCAAAGUAACUAAAGUCAUCAAAAGUUUGCAAUUCCUAAUGGAUACUCCCUCUUAUAGGAAACAGAUGACAAUUCUUUAUCAAUUUUUUUUAGUCGCAUUUUUUAUAUGCAUUCAUGUCGAAAUUUCUUUUAGGAUUUACGGAAAUGCAUGGAUGGACUGUUGGAACAGAAGUUUAAAAGUCCUAGCGUGGUUAACUGGGAUAGAACAAAUAAGGAAGGACGACUCCUUCAAACUAUUGUGGAUCUAUUAACAAGUGAACCCCCGCCAGCUGUUCAAGUUGAGAAAUUAAACUUAAAAACAUUCUCCCUAGGCAUCCAUAAAUAGUUAUUCGCACCACUAACAACCCUGUAGAUAUAUGUUUUAACAAUUCUGUUUGUUAAUGACUUAAAAUAAAUCUUGUCUAUCAAGAAAAAUAACUUUUCGAUCCGUUGAUUUGUGCAUUGUGAGUUCGAUUACUUAACAUUCAACAGGCUUAUGUAUUUUUGCACAGAGAACUAAUGUUGAUACCCUAUAUACAGAAAACUUCCAAAAUCAAACAAGUUAUCAUCGUGUGCAAGAGAAAAGUUGUUUAUUUAUGACUCGUGUAAAUUCUUCUACAGUCG